AUGGAUGGCGUUGAUAUUUCGAGCAGUUCGGAAAGUGGCGAUGAAAAUAUACAUGGAAUAAAUAGCGAUCUCAACGGAAGAGAACUGUGGAGUAGUGGUAGUAAUCUUGCAUUGGAAUCCGAUGUUGAUGCUGAAUUGGAUUAUGACGAAGAGAAUGGAGAUAAUGAAGAAGUGGAACGGAUUGAGGAGCAAUCUAAAGUUUCAGUGAUAAAAAAUGAAAUAGGGAAUGACAGUGAAAGAAAUGGAUAUGAUAAAAAUUUAGCAAACCAAAGUGCUGUCCCCAUUGAAGUUGGUCAUAUUGAAAGUAGAGCUGAUAAAGUCGCAGUUGGGAUAGGAAAGGAAGAAGUUGAGAAUGAGCUAAGUGAGGAAGGGGAAAUCGAUGACUUGGAAGAAGGCGAGUUAAAAUCUGAUGAAGAUAGUGUUACGGGUUCUAUACAUUCAAAUGAAAAGUCGACUCGAAGGUCGGUAGGUCGAAAUCGCGAAAAAAUUUUGGAACGUUCGCCGCAUCGUUGGUGGCGCGACGAUCCAGCAUCGGUUGGCAUUUGCAAAUUUUAUCUUCGUGGAACAUGUACAUGGGGACCAGACUGUAAAUAUCUGCAUAUGAAAGAGUCACGGCUUGAUGGUUCGGUACCAGUGCAAAGCUCCUCAAAUGAAAGUGCUUACUCACAACGCUCGAAUAAUGACAAAACAAGAAGAAGCCGAAGCAAGGAAUUCAAUAAACCUGGCAUCAAUGUACUUACCGUUCACCCGUCUAGUUCAACAUCGAACGAAAAUGAAGGGUCGAACGGUGUUGAAACAGCUUGGGAGAAAGGAUUACGUCAGGCGCGUGAAUUAAUGAUAAGAGCGUCAAAAAAACGAGAAGAACCUGAUUUUGAUCGAAAACGAUUGAUACUUGCGCCUAGUGGAGAUAUGGAUCGACCACGAACAACGGAUGAAGAGUCAGACGAUUCUCGUGGACAUCGUAAAAUGUCUGUUUACUGUCAGAGUUGUUUAAGACGUCACCGAACAUCGCGCUCACCGUUAUGUCGAGGCAUUGUAAGAGGAGCAAAUGGUUUUGUGGUACGUACACGAGUUGAUGUUCCUUGUCCGAGGCUCAGGAAAUAUGAUAACCCAAUCAUAUCUGACGAUAUUAACGGUGAUCGUCAUUUUGACCUGGAACGUCGUGGUGCUUAUGAAAGGAAUGAAUUAGCAAAGCCUCGGAAAAUUCCAUCUUUAAUAGAUACUAUGCUCGAGGGAAGACGUUUUGAAUUUUCAAGAAAAUAUGACUGCGGGCGCGAUGAGUCUUCUCGGCUGCCUCCUAAAGAUCUUGGGCCACAAGUUCUAUAUCCGAAUGGAAGGCCAACUUCUCGACGGCACGGGCCUCCCCCGAGACGUGAAAUCUCGCCGAAUGAUCAUUAUCGUUUGUCACGGCGCGAUUCUCCAUCUCGUGGCUCCCGUUCGCCACUUUUGCGAACACCACGGGAUUCUCGAUCACCUAGUCUGCGGCGCUCGUUAUCACCUUCAGGUAAGAAGCGCGGAUCAUCACAUUUAUCAGAUAGACGAGAAGUAAAUAGAAAACGAGGCGGUAUUGGUGCUGUGGGUGGUCUUCUUUCAGCUGGAGAUCAGAUCCACGAUCCGUGGGAAAGAUCACACAAAAAAGGACGAAGCAAGGAUAGAGAAUUGAUAUCCUUAACACUUGGGGCAGAACUCCAAAAAGCUCGCCGAACAAGUGAUAGCAAGAAGCAGGCACGUAGUCAGGGCACUGCUAGCUCGGCAAGCAGUGCUUCAAGAAGAAGUGUAAGUGCGGAUUCGUCAGUGACUUCCCGUUCUCGGUCACGCUCACGGGCAUCCUCAGGAAGUCGUCAUCAGUCGACGUUCCGUCUUUCGUUGGUGUCGGCUAUUGCCUCCAGAAGUUUAAUUGACGAUGAUGGAUCUUUAAGAGCAACAGACCUAUCGUCUUUCCGUAUCCCAAAAAAGAAGAGAUCGUCUCCAACACCGUCAGUACAUCGCUCCAGUGCCGCAAUUCGUGGUUAUAUGCAUUCAUUCGAGCGGUCGAGCAAUCAAAAUAAGCGGUACACAUCUUCCAACCCUCUCAAAAGACCCUCUUUAUCUCCAUCGGUUCGCCCUGGAAUUGCACAGCGAGGGACAAAAAAAGUAAAAGGAGUUACUGGUCGUGCCGAUAAAGCUCAUAAACGCAAUGUUUUGCUCAGAAGAAAAGAUAUGUCAAGUGAUGAAAGUUCAUCGAGCACGUCUGGGAACUCGAGUAGCAGUAGUGAUGAUACGGAGCCUGCUGCGUAUCGUCUCAAAAAAAAAGUCGAUGAUGGUUUGCCUACCGAAGGAAUACCCCUAUCUCCAGAGGCUGCGGCAGAAGAUGUUUCCAGCGAUGAGGAUGAGAAUGCCUCCGAUAUAUCUAUACACGAACCGAUUGCACAACAUUCAAAGAAAACUUCGUCCGCUGGAAAUUCACGACCACCUUCGAGAAAAGCAAUUGUGGAUUAUCAUGAAUCAAGGAUCAGUGAUGACGAUUACGUGGAUAAUGAAGUAGAAAAGGAGGAACGGCGCGCUGAGUUAUUACGUCAGUUGAAAUGUGUAGAAGAAGCGAUAGCGCGUAAACGUAGUCGGCCAGUUAUUUAA